AUGGAUGAUGUUAAGAAGAGUCCUUCCAGCCCUGGCAUUAUAUCAACAAACAUUGUGCAACGGCAAGGGCUUUCUGAUGAAGCUGUGAAGCAGGGAGAAGAACUAAUAGGUGCAUCGGAAUCUUGUGUCCCAUGUGGGCGAACUGGAACACCCAAUGACGUAGCCGAGGCGAUUCUGUUCCUUGCUGACAGUAUCACACUUAUUCUCUACAUGUUCGUCGAAAAUUGA